AUGUAAAUACUUCUAUUCCUAUUGGUAUCAUACUUAUCACAGACCUUACAAGAGGAUACCAUCAAGCUAAGAAGCAUAGACCCAAAGGAGAUUAAAAUGGAAUCUAUUGAUAUCUCUGGCAAAAACGGAGGACAGAGAUUCAACAUUGAUGGCUUGAAGGGCGUUAUUGUAAAAGUACAUUUCCGCGAUAAGCAUCUUAAGAAAAAGGGCAUUUUAGACAUUUCAGCUGAGGUCGAAGAACAACUGGCAGAAGAGGAAAUCACUUAUUAGAAUUUCAACAUGAGAGAGGAAAGAUAUGUUUGGAUGUUGUGUAACGAUGCUGCUGAAAGACAGAGAAUGAGAGAGUUUUUGCUAGCUAAGGAAUACAUAUUAGCCGUUGAGACUGACAACAAAAGAUACUUUGGGAAAUACGCUAAAAAGGAAGAGAAGGAAAAAUGGAAGGAGGCUAAUAAAAAGGAUCCAAACAGCAAGCAAAAGCUAGAGUUGUGA